AUGAAGUUUUCAAAUUUGUUAUACUUUUUCCAGCGAUUCAACAAAAACAAGAAGCAAAAAGUAACCACCAUUGAGGUUACAUACCAACCUUCUUCUGUUCCCUCAAAAUCCAUUUUGAUGAAUUCUGAACAAUUAAAGCCUAGCACAUCCCAUGUUCACUUUGAUGAAAGUCCUACUUCUUCUGUUUGCCCUCUAUUUUCGACACUCACUAAGACGACAUCUUAUACCUCUGAUUCCUCUGGCCAAUCUUAUGCUCAUUCGAUUCAAGACCAAGAUUGGAUUUUGCACCAUACUCGGUUUAUAAGUGCAUCGGGUGUAUAUCUUGACAAUUCUGUUCGUCCUUUGUUGCGUCUUAUUGAAUCUGGAGAUGAGUUUGAGAAGUUUUUGGGAUUUGCUCGCCGCGCAGCUAUUCGACUUAAAGACACGUCUUGUUAUAGUCCUAAACAAACGCGGAUUAAUGUUUAUUACAAGCAGAAGUUUGAUGAAUACAAUGAAUUUGUGAGAGCACAUUCGUUUAAAAUGGCCUCGGGUUCCGAGAUUACAGUUGUUUUUGAACUUGUACUUUUGCCACAAGCUGAUGUUGAUGAAGACAAUGAGUACAAAGAUGAGCCAAGCGAAAAUGGUGACUAUAAGGAUGAAGAUGAGGAUGAAGAUGAGGAUGAAGAUGAGAGUGAAGAUGGAAAUGAGGAUGAGGAUGAGGAUGAGGAUGAAAACGAAAAAGAAAAUGAAGAAGAAGAAAUUGUUUAUGAGGAACCAUUUGGUGAAGAUGAUGAGUCAAAUAUUUCAGAUCCCUUGAGUACCCAGACUCAAUAUUGGACUAGUGAGAACAGUUCUGAUGGUGAGACUCAAGUGGGGUAUGAAUGGCUUUACUCUGAUGUUGAAGAAGAAGUUGAAGCAGAAGUAGACUCUAUGUGCUCUACAUGUGCAAGUCUAAAUCUUAAUUCAAGUUCCAGUGACGUAUCAAGUGAUAUGUUGAGUGAAGAGGAAUCAACACAUAGUGUCGAGGAAGAAGACGAAUCUACGGAUGGAACUCUUCAUGCUUCAGAAGCCAAUACUAAUGAACCAAUUUCAAGUUUGUCAAAUAAGCAAUCUGAAGAAGAAGUUCAGGAACAAGCUACAGAGGCUAACCACUAUCGGUUGCCGAUAACUCCAGCCGAUUUGUUGGGUAUAAACAUGAAUGUUGAAGGACGUCGAAGAGAUGAAGCCGAAAAGGAACUCAUGUCUGAGGAGUUUUUGGGAGGCCCUGAGCCCAGCUGGGUCACUGAAAUUUACCGCUGA